UUUUAUUUUUAUAUAUUUAUUUUUUAUUUUUUUUUUAUUCCCAAUAAUUUCUGAAUAAUGUGUAAAUCUUAACUCUUCUCCCUAUUUUCUCUCUCUCUCUGCUUCUUUUAUAAUAAAAAGAGGAGAGUCAUAUUAGCAUACAUCUAUCUAUGUUAAAUCCAUUUAUAUGGUUAUUAUUAUUAUGUAUAGCAAUGCUUGUAGCAAGCUUUGUAGCUGGGUGUAUACCUUUAGCAUCAAAACUAUCUGAAUCUAAACUAAGUUUUCUAACUUCAUUGAGUGUUGGCUUAUUGAUUUCUACUAGUUUAGUUGUCAUUAUACCCGAAGGUAUAGAAACAAUUUACAACCAUAAUGAAGAUCAAGAUUACAAUCGCUUGUCAGAUCAUACAGUCGUAGGACUGUCCUUAUUGGUUGGUUUUGCUUUUAUGUUUAUUAUAGAUCAAAUCACUUCUUCUCAUCUUCAUCCUACAACAACUACUACAACAAUAGCUACUAAUACAAAAAAUAGAAAAUCUUUAGAAUUAGAUGCCUUAUUACUUCCCUCUACCAGUGAAAGCUAUUCCAAUAAAAUUGAACAUGAUUCAUCUAUUGUUACCGAUGUUAACAUCUCGCAACAAGAGGUACACCCAUCAUCAUCAGCUUCAACACCUACCAUAGGCUUAAUGGUUCAUGCAGCAGCUGAUGGUAUUGCACUAGGAGCAUCCGUCUCGCAUCCACAAUUAUCGAUGGUGGUCUUUUUUGCAAUUAUGCUUCAUAAAGCACCUUCAUCUUUUGCGCUAACGACUGUUUUGUUGAAUGAAGGACUUUCCCGAGCUCGUGUAAGACAGCAUUUAUUAUUAUUUUCCAUCUGUGCUCCUGCAGGCGCCAUCUCAACCUAUGCACUUGUACAAUUUUUUUCAGAGUCUUUUCAAUCGCUUGAUUUAGAAUAUUGGACUGGCAUUCUUUUGUUAUUUUCUGGUGGCACAUUUUUAUAUGUUGCCAUGCAUGCCAUUCAAGACUUACCAGCCCCUCAAGAGAAAACUUCUAUUGAUUGGCGACAACUAAGCUCAAUAUUAUUUGGAAUGGCAAUUCCUUUCAUUCUUAAUUUUACUCAUUCACAUUAAAAUAAUGUAUACUUUUAUAUAAAGUUGUCAUGGUUGUUCUCUCGUUGGUUAAAAAACAUACACACACACACAGAAAAAAAAA